UUAACCCAGCACAAAGACUGAAGGGGGGGGGAGCUCGACUUGUGAACAAACUUCAAAGGUAACAUUGUAUCUCUAUCAUUGUCUGCACAUGUUCAGGAAUAAAUGCCAUUUGUCUUUGUCGUAUAAAAGAAUCACCUGCAGGCUGUGGCUUCAUAUAAAAGAGGCGGAAAGGAGAGUUAUAAUGAUGCCGUCUAACUCAGCAAGACAACAGAAACAAGGUUGCCUUUGUGGUGAAAAGUCAGGACUGUCUAGCACAACUCGCCUCCCCUCUCCUUUAACAGCAGUCAUGUUUAAAGCUGACAGACAGCCUGGCACAGAGAUGUCAUACUGGCACAGAGGCACACUAUUUGCUCUUCUUUCAUUAAAGGUUUAUUUUAUUAAACAGGCAACAUGAUCCCUCUAGAUCACAUUUAGGCAUGCUAACAAAACAAGAAGGAAAGCAAAAACACAUCUAUAAAAUUCAACUCAUUUGGCUUUAUUGUCGUGUGUGAAAUAAAACUCCAGCUCAAAUUAGCACCUUGAGAACGACUGAAUGUGGAGGCAAUCUAAUCCUCCACAAGAAACCUGCCUGUGGCACAGUAGCAAUUAGUCCUUCAGUACAAUAUGUUUUUUCAGGACACAAAAUACAGUUACAUUUGUCUUUGCUUUCUAUUGUAUUUUAAAUAACUUUAAGCUGCUAUACCUGUAAGACAUUGGUUUAUUCCACAGCAUUUAUUUGUUUUAAAUCCUUGUGAAUGAAAGCUGAUCAUGGAUACCAGACAGAGACGUUUCUUGGUUAAGCCAUAAGAGUUAAAUGAGGGGUGAAGAGGAAACAGGUCUGAGAUUUGCGCAGUCGUUAGAAAGAUCUCUUUGGCCUCAUUUACAGCUGUCAUUACCGGGCGUCACGGGUGAUCCCAUCACAAGUGAACAGCUUGAAGUACGUCAGGUCUCGCUUGGAAUUAGAGUGUUUCUCCACAGGCGUCAUGAGUGACCACUUCUAGUCAUUCUUGCUUUAAAUGUCAAUAAAUUCAUGCAUCAUUUCAUCAACAGCAACCAUAUAUAUAAUUUUUUUUAUCAUGAUGAACGCCUGCAGCAGAGAGGAGAGAGAGAGAGGUGGCUCAUGUGGACAAGUGAGAGAAGAGGAGCUUAUAUGGAAAGAGGGUUUGGAAUGACCACUCCGGCCACCAUUGGAGGAAAAGUCUUCCUGAUGUUUUACGGCCUCCUCGGCUGCGCAGCAACCAUCCUCUUCUUCAACCUCUUCCUGGAGCGUGUCAUCACCGUCAUCGCUGUCGUCCUCAAGUCCUGCCACGAGCGACGCCACAACAAAGCGGUUCUCCCGCAAAAUGGCCGACGAGUCUCUGAGGGUAACAGAGCAGGUGUAGCAGGAGGGAGUGGGGGUGGAAAAGGAGCGGACUUGGCCGGCUGGAAGCCUUCGGUGUACUGCGUCAUGCUCAUUCUAGGAGUGGCAGCGAUCUUGGUUUCCUGUUGUGCCUCGCUCAUGUACUCAGCAGCUGAAGGGUGGGGCUACCUGGACUCGCUCUAUUUUUGCUUUGUGGCCUUCAGCACCAUUGGCUUUGGCGACAUGGUGAGCAGCCAGCGGGUAGUCUACGAGGGCCACGCAACCACCGCGUAUCGUCUGGGCAACUUCCUCUUCAUCCUGACCGGCGUCUGCUGCAUCUACUCCCUCUUCAACGUCAUCUCCAUCGUCAUCAAGCAGGUCCUCAACUGGCUGCUGAGGAGGCUGGAAGCUCCCUGCCGCUGCUGCUUGCCCAGAAGGGGUCACCACCCGCACAGGCACCCCCGGCGGAACGUGGUAGCUCCAGGUCACUUGCGAGCCCGUAGAGACCCCUCCAUCGAGACUGACGCCAUCAACGAGAGCGAGACUGACAAUGGACGCAGGAUGUCUGGGGAAAUGAUCUCCAUGAGGGACUUCCUAGCAGCCAAUAAGGUGAAUCUGGCUAUUAUGCAGAAGCAGCUUUCCGAGAUGGCAAUCGGGCACCCGCGCCAAUCCAGCUCCUGUUCGCAUCAGAAUGGAUUCUCCGGAGGGGUGGGCGCCCUCGGCAUCAUGAACAACCGGCUGGCAGAGACCAGUGUUGACAGAUAGGGGGAACAGAGUGAAUCCUGUUUAAUGGGUACAGAGGACUGGCAGGGUGAGACGGUUAUGGACAAAUUGACACUGAAGAAUGCCUUGCUAAAUAAAAACCCCGGCAGAAGAAUCAGAUGGUGAACAAGACUGAAUUUAUGAAUACAACUUUUCCAUCAUCGAGCAAGCUGACCCCCGAGCAAGAACAGAGUAGAAACAAACUCUCUUCUCUGACAAGAACAUGGCUACAUGAAAGAUCCAUGAUAGUCUGCUGGAGCAUCACAUCUGGACCACGCUCUGUGUGCUGAAAUGUUCCCCCGUGAGGAAUUCAGUUUCCAUGGUGAUGUAAAAAAAAAAAAAAAAAAAAAUCCUGCCUAGAGCUGUUGUACCCAAGCCUUAAAGACAUCAUGGACUACAUGCUUCUUCACACCAAACCGCUUCACUUAACUUCCACUCAUCCACAGUACUUUACAAUACUCUCUACAAGUCCAACCAUGUCCACGCUCUAUCUGUAUUUAACGAAGAAGGAAUAGCUUUAAUAAAA